GGCGCGAGCGCGGCCGAGCCUCAUAUCGCUCAGCGCCGCGAGGGAGCUGCCGGUGUUUGCUCGCUUUUGGCUCCGUCCCCACCACCCGGCACCCGGCACCUCCGACAGGGACCGAGGGGUGAAACGGCCGGGCUAUAUUUUAUUCCCUCCUAGGAUAAACGUCACGUUUGGACGCGGCGCCUCGAGCAAGGCGGCCGGACCAUGACUUCGGUGUGGAAGCGGCUCCAGCGGGUCGGCAAGAAGGCGUCCAAGUUCCACUUCGCGGCGUCCUGCCAGGAGCUGAUGGUGGAGUGCACCAGCAAAUGGCAACCGGAAAAAUUGAGAGUGGUCUGGAUCAGGAGAAACAGACGCCACAGCACAAAGCUCCAUGGCUGGCAGCCCGGCAUCAAGAACCCCUACCGAGGUCUGGUGGUGUGGCAGGUCCCGGAAAGCGUGGACAUCACCGUCACACUCUUCAAGGACCCUAAUGCAGAGGAGUUUGAAGACAAGGAUUGGACCUUCGUCAUUGAAAAUGAGACAAAGGGCCGCAGGAAGGUGUUGGCAUCGGCUGACGUCAACAUGAAGAAGUACGCUACCACCACGCCGACCAAGUACGAGCUCACGCUGAAGCUCAAACCCCUGUCGGUGAAGGUGGUGGAGGCCACGCUGAAAUUAAGCUUGUCCUGUGUCUUCCUGAAAGAAGGCAAGGCCAUAGACGAGGACAUGCAGAGUUUGGCCAGUUUGAUGAGCCUGAAGCAGAGCGACAUCGGCAACCUGGAGGAUUUCAACGACAGCGACGAGGAAGCGGCCUCUGUACCUCCUACUACGAGGAUCCAUGACCUGGCUUGGAGGCCUGCCGUUACAUCCAGCCCCACAGCCUCUUUCCCCACGGAACGGCCCGAGGAUCAGAUGCACCAGGAAGUGUCUGGAUUUGUCCCAUCUUGGAGGUCCCAGGUUACCCCUACAGUGGCAACUGCCUCAGCUCCUCCUCUAGCUCCCUACUCUGCUCCUGCGCUCAGUGCCCCCUCUGCUCAGCCUCUUUUCCCCCAAAUUCCCCCUCAAGUCCCUCACCCAGCAUCAGCCAUACCUCCCCCCACUGACCAAGAAGCAGAAUAUAAGAGGCAGCUGAGCACACUGUCAGAGGAGGAUUACUCUUGUACGACUCCUAGUGCCACUGACUCCAGACCCUUAUCUGAAAUGAAAAGCACUACCAAUCAGAGACCAGACCCAUCGAAGCCCUACGUAAGGAAGCGAGAAGCGGAGUCACCUUUUGGAGUGGAAGCUGUCAAGGCAGCCCCAGGCCGCGGGGAGGCAGCAGAGGAAUCCUCAGGGCCGCCGGAUUUAGUGCCUCUUGGGAAGAAGCGUUUACCCGGGUCUUAUCAAGGUGACAGCGACUCACAAGAAUCUGGUGUCCCCUCAGCAGUUAAGCAAACGCCGCAGAAACACAGACCUGCAGAUGCCCAGGAAAUGGGUCAAGAUGGUACUCCCUCCAGUGACAGCCCAAGCUUAGUGACCUCCAGUCAAACUCUAUUGGAGUGGUGUCGAGAAGUUACGCAGGGUCACAAGGGGGUCAAGCUAACCAACUUCACCACCUCUUGGAGGAAUGGCCUGGCCUUCUGUGCCAUUCUUCAUCACUUCUUCCCAGAAAAGAUUGAUUUUGAGUUGCUUGACCCUUACGACAUCAAACGCAACAACAAAAAGGCGUUUGAUGGCUUUGCUGAGCUGGGUAUCUCCAGGUUGAUGGAGCCUUCAGACAUGGUUUUGCUGGCUGUGCCUGACCGCCUCAUUGUCAUGACCUACCUCAACCAGAUCCGCACCCACUUCAUGGGCCAAGAGCUCAGCGUGCUUCAUAUAGAGAAGGACAGCAGCGAGUCCAGCUAUGCCGUGGCGGGACAAAGAGAGAGUCAUGAGGUUGCUGACCCCGAGGCAGCUGCUCGCUACUGUGUCCAGAGGCUGCAGGAGGAGGGUAUCACUCUUGAGACAAAUUGGAGCGCUGCCACGGCGGAUAGGGACAGCACCAGAGUCACUGAAACAGGUGGCAACACAGGCCCGCCUGCCAGAACCAAACAGCUGCAGGGUGCAGGGGCAGCACCCGUCGCACCACCAAGGACUCACUUCCUGUCCAAGUCUGGUUUCUCUCACGUCAAAGAUGCCGAUCUGGUCAAAAAGCGUAGGUCACAACGGAGGAGCGGUUCGGUAGAUGAUGGAGAAUCAUCAGUGGUGGUCACGGGGCAAGAAGAGAGUUUAACUAACUGGAAAACGUCUGAAACAGAUAAAAAAGAAGCCGUGGCUUCUGGGGAGGAGAGGAGACUGGAGGAAGGCCAGGACCCCAGCCAGUAUGUGCUGAGUGAGAUGGAGGCCCUGGAAGCAGAGCAGAAGCACAUCGAUAACAGAGCAGACGUGGUUGAGAGGAAACUGAGGUGUCUGAUGGAAACAGGAAGUGACAAGGUGGAGGAGGAGAGGCUGAUUCAGGAGUGGUUCAUGUUGGUCAAUAAGAAGAAUGCCCUGAUAAGGAGACAGGACCACUUGCAGCUACUGUUGGAAGAGCAGGACCUGGAGAGGAAGUUCGAGCUGUUAAACAAGGAGCUGAGGGACAUGAUGGCGAUUGAGGGUUAA